AUGAGUGAAGAAGAAGAGCAACCAAAAGGGAUUCUGAAGCAUACUGACACAAACGAAAAGAAAAAUAAGACUUUUCAAUGGGAUGAAAUGAACAUAUUAGCAACUUACCAUCCUACGGACAAAACUUACGGUCACAUGAAGGUUGAUGAGCCGCCAACGCCUUAUAAUUUUGAAUAUAAUGCCUCCCAAAUGCCUAACCAAGGGAUUUCACCCGAAGUACUUGCUAGCAAACUUGCGGGUAUAUCGGAUGAACCAAGCGAGAUGCUAAAUGAUAGAAGGCACGAUGCAGAUGCCACUCUGGCUCCUGAAGAGGCAGAACAUCGCCGACAAUUCGAGGAGAAACGGAGGAAGCACUAUAACGAGUACCAGGCCGUUCUUGCAAUGCGGGGUUCACAUAGCUCUGGAGCUGAGGAGGAUGAGGACGAAGAUGAUGACUAUGUGGACCCUAUAGCCGCACGGAAUGCAAAAAUAAAUUCUCAAACACACACUGCUCCACAUAAUCGCAAGUGA